UCCCUUCCCAUCAAACCCAACUUGAGCGAAUAGCUCUGACUCUGAGAAUCUCAGUUAAGGAGGAGUUUGUGACUGCUGUAGCUCCCUUAACACCUUUACUAAAACAGUUUUUCCCCAACGUGGGGGUUGAAGAGACCUUUGUCGUGCAAAGUUCGGUAUAUUGGCCAAGUAAACACUUUCUGGGAAAUGAGCCAAACUAACCGACAGUUUUCUCGGACCAAAAUGUGGCCAAGUGGGGAGAAAAGAAAGACAGGCGACGUUGUGAGCGCUCCCAGCAUGGCGCUAAAAACUGAAGAAAGUCGGGUCUGUUUUACUAAAACCUCAACAGAAAACGGUGCCGGUGGGCUGACAGAACCCGACAGUAUGGACGCAAACAUUUACGGCUCCGGACACAUUAGCCCGCUAGCCUGUGACAUGGAAAAACCCUGCUGCCAGACAGCUGCUGCUCCUCAUGAGGAGUUGUUAAACGCUGACUGCCGUGUGGGCGACAGUAGCUCUUUUUCUGCCUGCACCACAAUCUCGGAAACAACCAGGGAGCUGUGCAAAGCUGUGUCCGUGUCGCUGGGACUGAGCGACAUGGACGUUACUCUGCCCCCGCGUGCCGCAAAUGACCAAAUGAGAAGAGAGUAUUUGUUCGGAGUCGGAGCCGUGCCUCUGAAGUGCCCCGGAGCUCAGGGUGCUGUCACCGAGUACUACACGUGCCCCGAGCGUCCCCUGCACGACCAGAAGCAACUUGUGGAAAUGUUCAAAAGUUCAGAGACUGAUGCGCGUCUUCAACACCUUACCUCCACUCGGACAUCUGUGGACGAGCAGAACUUCACACUAGUGUGCGAGGCUGAUGACACAACUUCAGAAGGGACAGGUCAACUGGACAGAGCGCGUGCCGCCUCUUGUUCUUAUGCCAUAUCCGCGCCAGGCAACUUGGCACACUUCGGUCAGACGGCUACAGAGCGACCGUGCCGAGUUUACAAGCCACCUGACGAAGCGAUAGACUUCGGGGAAGCCAUGGAGAACAAGUUCGGGUGUUAUCAGCCAGAACAAUACAGCGUCAAAGUGGAAUGUGAGGACACCGGUGAAUCGGCAUUGUGGGGCAGUCAUUACACCUUUAAUGAGAAGUACAACACUCAGUGUUGGGGCUCGAGGCAGUGCAUGGAUGCACAGAGCACAGGGGCCAACACCGCGUUCAUAUGUAAUCCACAUGAAAGGAGCGUCAUCCGUCCUGAGCAGUGGUACCCUGGCGGGAUGCUGAGGCCGCCUUAUCCCAACCCCAACUACGUGAAGACUGAAGUUGGCGAAUGGCUAGAUGUCGCCUACAAUGACACCAGGUUCGAGGCUGGCAGAGAGCACAUGUUUCCCAUGGAGUUCUUCUUUCCACCACAGAGGAUGUGCCUGAUCUGUUCAGACGAGGCCUCUGGCUGCCAUUACGGUGCGCUCACCUGUGGCAGCUGCAAGGUUUUCUUCAAAAGAGCUGCAGAAGUAGGCAAACAGAAAUACCUGUGUGCGAGCAAAAACGACUGCACCAUCGAUAAGCUAAGAAGAAAGAACUGUCCGUCUUGUCGGCUGAAGAAGUGUUUCGAAGCUGGAAUGACUCUCGGAGCACGUAAACUGAAGAAGAUUGGACAACAGAAAAACCCUGAAGAGGAUCAUCCUCUUCAGGACCCUUCAGAGGUCAUCCAGAAUUUCUCUCCUAAAUCAGGCCUGAACUUCAACUCCCAGCUGGUCUUCCUCAACAUCCUGGAGUCCAUUGAACCUGAGGUCGUGAAUGCAGGGCACGACUACGGCCAGCCAGACUCAGCUGCCAGCCUGCUCACCAGCCUAAACGAACUGGGAGAGAGACAACUGGUCAAAGUGGUCAAAUGGGCAAAAGGAUUGCCAGGUUUUAGAAAUCUCCACAUGGACGACCAAAUGACCGUUAUUCAACAUUCAUGGAUGGGGGUGAUGGUGUUUGCCCUGGGAUGGAGGUCCUACAAGAACGUCAAGGGAAGGAUGCUUUACUUCGCCCCGGAUCUUGUGUUCAAUGAACAUCGGAUGCACAUUUCCUCCAUGUAUGAGCACUGCAUACGGAUGAGACAUCUUUCACAGGAGUUCCUGCUGCUGCAGAUUACUCAGGAAGAGUUCCUCUGCAUGAAGGCCUUGCUCCUCUUCAGCAUUAUUCCAGUUGAGGGUCUCAAGAGUCAGGAGUGCUUCGAUGAAUUGCGUCACACUUACAUCAAUGAACUCGAUCGCCUCAUUAACCAUCGUAUGGCGACCAAUUGUCCUCAGAGGUUCUACAAGCUCACCCGACUCUUGGACUCUCUCCAGAUGACGGUAAAGAAGCUCCAUCAGUUUACAUUUGACCUUUUUGUCCAGGCUCAGUCGCUCCCCACGAAGGUCAGCUUUCCAGAGAUGAUCGGAGAAAUAAUCUCAGUACAUGUACCAAAGAUGCUGGCCGGUUUGGCUAAACCGAUUUUGUUUCAUGAGUAGACAGAUUUUUUAUUAACAAGUGACUGAUCUUUGCUGCCUCCUUAAACUUUAAUGAAGGUACUGUUUCCCCACAUCUUCAGUCUGACCUGUAACAAUUAUUUUGUUGUUCAAGUUCUUUUGAUCCUUUUAGCCAUAAUUGAGAUUUUUUUUCAGAACUGCUAAAGCUUUUAUCUGAAACGCUGCGAGGCAUCACCUGUUGACAGCUCUGCUAUUUCUGAGUGGAGAGUUUGUGUUUUCAGCCGGAGCAGAGAUGCUACUUUACGUGCGCAGUAAGUCAUGAUUACAGCAACCUAAAAGUAGCAAUAGGUUUUGCAUGUGACCUUCGUUAUACAUACACUUGACAAGGAAAAUAAAUACAAAGAAAACAAGAUAUGGCCCAAAGAGCAGAUGAGAAUUGGAUCACAGAAAUAAACAAAUACUUGUUUUACCAUCAACUUACCAAAAUCCCAGUUUUUCUAAGUGCUGCCUUCAGGUGCACCUAUUAAAGUUGCUACUUUUUAAGAGUGAUAAAUACAACUUGGGAGGCAUUUAAGUGCUUACGUGCCUUAAAAUCAGAAAUAUAGACAAACUAACUUUCUAACAAAUGGGCAAGAUCCAUUGCUGCAACAAUUAUUGUAGAUUUGGUAAUCAAGUAUUACAACUGUAAAGCACAAAUUUGAUGUGCUACAUCAUACGUUUUGUACAGUGAACCUAAAAUUCCUAAAAGAUUGUCCUGCUGUGUGAAUGUACAGUAGUUUUAAUGCUGCAGGUGGGUAAUUAAAGAGCUGUUUUGCUGAUUUAAAUCCACCUCUGUAUCAUUGCAGUGUGGGCAGGGUGUGCAAAUGAACGUUAUGUGGCUUCGCAGCGCUCGGAGCAACAAGGGUAGAUCUCAGCAAACCUCAGCUGCUCCGAGCUCCGUGCACUGGCGCCAUGGAGGAAAGCCAAACGCCAUUCAUCUAAACACUGACCACACAAAGAUGACACAGAGCUUGAUUAAAAUCAUCAAAGUAUCCCUUUACCCACAAGGUCUACUGUGUGGACAUAUGAUAUCUUAAUAGAAACUAAAUAGUGAAAUUAGUCAAGUAGAGUACUUUGUCUUUGGGAAGAACAGCGGACAAGAUGACAGGUCAUAUCAGGUUGUAAGACAGGUGUUUAGUCUGGCAGCAGCCAUACAACCAAAACUCACAUUGUGUAGUUUAAGCAUAAACCUGGUCAUCACUAUUCACUCUUGUCUACUUCUGAAAUGAAAUACUAGACAUGAUCAGUAAUACAAUUCUUAUAAAAUACAGCAUGGUGUAACAUUUUAGCUAACAUGAAAGAAACAACCUGAGUUAUACUAUAAGCUGUAAUCGGUACAUUGCCCUUGUUUGACUGAGACAAUGCAGUAUAAUGCAGACAUCUCUAGAACACACUGCAUGCUUAUUGUCUUUCUGCACUUAAAACCUUUCUCCUCACAUUGGCAGCUAAUGUGUAGAGCUGUUUUCUUAAUGUUACUUAUUUAAAAGCACUUACAACUUAUAACUUAUGAAUAUGUAGAGGGUACAUUUGUUAAAGUAGUUGAAAUUGGAGAAACUUUGACUGGUAGUUUGUUUAAUAAGAUUUAUUUCUUCACAGCACAGCUACAAAACUAUUGAUAACUUAAUAUUCAUAAUGAAACUUUAUCACAUCAUGCCCUUUUGUGCAUGCCAAACUAUGUAUGUUUAGAUAUACUGUAGUCCCUUCAAAAAGUAUCAAAAUCCCCUUUAGAUUCUUAUUUUGCAUUUACUAUAAAUCAUAUAAAAGCAAAGCAUAGGCAUGUGAUAAAUUACAAGCUUUAAGCAAAAGACUCAUUGAUAAAACUAAAACUAAGUUGUGUGCACUUAGCACCAUCCCUGAUAGAGAACAUGGUGUCGACAGCGUCAUGAUGUGGUCGGGGGGGUUGCAGCAGCAGGAACUGGGAGUCUUGUAGGGACACAAGGAAGAGUGCAUGGCACCAAAUACAGGCACACACUGACUGAGAACUUAAUUCAAAGUGCCAGCAAUCUUAGAUUAGGAAUGUUACAAAAGGACAACAAAUAGAAACUUACAGCCAACUUAUAACUGGAAGGGCUUCAGAUGAAGAAUGUGAAAGUCCUUGACUGGCCAUGCCAAACCUCUGAGAUGAAAACCAAGAAAGAAAAUCUGUGGAUGCCUUGAAGUUAACUGAUCAAAGACACUUGAGUAAAACUGUUGAAAAGUAUUCAUUUAUGGGUUUGAAUACAUUGAACAGUUUUUGUAUUUUAUUUAAAAAAACAUAAACCAAAGUAGUAAAAACCUAAUGCACUUUGCACAUACAGCUUGGUCUACUCGAUGCAGAGUUUAGAUUACACUGAAAUGUAAAUGAACCAGAAGUGUAGCAGAUCACCGUGUUUAUGAUAAUCCUACACAAACAAAACUUCAAAUUCACUUCUGUGGUAGACUACAUCCUGAAACAAUGUUUUAUAACUCUGUAAACAAUUCAACAUUCCUUUCAGACAUUUGUAGAUGCAUGCAUCAUGUUUUUGUGUAACUGUAUGCAUCAUGUUUAGCUUUACACAAAACAAUGCAUGGACAUCCAUGUAUCUCUCCAAGUACAUGUUUAUUCUAUACUGACUGACAGCGUCCUCAUUAUUCAAUGCAUGGGGCAUCUGUCAGAUACCAUUUUGUUGUACAGUGAUAUGUUGACUAGAACGGUCAGUUUCACAGUGUUUUGUAACUGAUAUAUUCAUUCAAGUUCAAUUGAGCGUUUAGGGUACUUUACUUCAUUUGCAGAAAUGAAUGUCUUCAUUGCAACUUUUUAUACAAUAUAUGUGAACAGAAAUAGGGAAGAAAAUUCAAGUUCAGGUGAUCCAUGAGACUUGACCUCACCACAACAGCUAAUUAUAGCCCACCCUGACACUUGAAUACAGUAAAUGUGUCUGCUGUCAUUUGAGAAAGCAGCAGUUCAGUGUAAAGUUGAAACUAUACAUUAAUUAAACAUGAUAAGAACCCAUAUCAUUGCAUGUACAAAAACAGUACAACGAUUCAGAGUAUCAGUAUGUUACGUAAGCACAUAAUGCUUAAUUCUUUAUCAUAUCAAAACAUUCAGAAAUAGAUAUUUAUUGAGCCUUCUUACUUUUCCUGAUUGCACUAUAUUAGCAGACUGUUGUUGCAUUUAACAUUAUGUUUCUCUUUAUCCUUAAAAUUAACGCUGGUUCUAAAUAAAGUUGUAAUUUGUUUUAUGCUUCUUUAGCUUUAUAAUGCAUUACACAUGGGGAGUUUGAAGGCACUGCCAGUGCCAGUGGCCACACACCUUAAUGAGCCACUUAGUUGCCCUGUACAUUUUUAAUACUAAUAUGAUUUAAUCACAGUAGGCUACAGUGUUUGUAUUAUGUCAAUGGACAAUAGCUGGUAUGUGCCCAAUGUACUGCAUAUUAAACUGGUUCUUUGUACAUGCUACAGUAACUGUAUAUAUUGAUUAGUUUAAUGUGUGUUUUGGUGUCCCACCACUUGACUUUUAAAGUCAUCUCUUGUAUGAUUUAUACCUUUUGUGACUUGUGUUUUUUAAUGUGUUUUUGAAAGGCGUUAAGCUGCAUCAUCUUUUAAAGGCAAUUAAAAUAAUUCUGACUA